UAGAUGAUAUCUUAAAUUACAACCUAGAGCUAACUAAGUGUGCUCCUAAUUUACAUGGAGUAGAUUUUUGAAAAGCUUCAUUUUCACGCUUGAGUAUUGUUUCGCAGCAGCGACAUGGUUUUCAAUUUGCCGCCCUUUCCACAGAACUGCUUUGUUUGUUAUGUUUCAAGUCAAUCAACGUUUGGGAAACUUGAGUAUGAGUUGUGCCAAGCAUUCUAACGAUUCUAACGCAUCUUCCCCAAACUGAUUAUCAACUGUAAGAGAUUACAGCUAUCCACCUGAUCCACCUGAUCCACCUCCAUCACCUUCAUGGACUGCCUUGUCUUGAGUAACAUAGCCUGUGUGGCUUGUAACCGGUCUGGAUUCGCAGAUUUUGCCCAAGCUCAUCAGCAUUUCCUGGAAAGAGCUCACGCCAAGCGAUUCCGGAAGAGAUCCGAAGAUUUGAAGCCGGAAUCGCACAUGGUGUACUGUCCGGAUGUACGUGGCAUCAGCGAGGGCCCGAUUCUGGCCUAUUUGUCCACUUUGGGACCAUUGGCCAGCGUGUAUUUUGGAUAUCGGAUGACGCCGAACUUGAGCCAAAAGCAGUUUGCCUUCUUCUUUGUGGAAUUCAAAUCUGAGCUGGAUGCCAAGGCUACUUUGACUGUCAAGAAGCAUCUCAUCGAGGAUCGUCACAUCAUCGUAUUUAAAAAGAACCAGGAUCCCAAGCCCAAUCAAAAUAAGUCGGAAAAUAUCAUCAUACCGGAGAUGUUAUCCAAGAUGGCUGCCAUCAAUAAUCCUAAUGAUCAAGUCUUGUUGGUGACGCAAAUCGCGGAAUUAGGCCCUGAAUUGACGAAAGGCCGUGCGGAAGUGAUUGAAACUUUAGAAAAGGUUUUGAAAGCGGUGGCCCUCAAAUUAGAGGUGCUGGCAUUUGGUUCGUCAAAAUCAGGCAUAAGUUUGAAAGGUGGCGACCUUGAUUGUUACAUUGAUUUUGAUCUCACCGAUGAUAUUUUGAAGAAUGCCGGCAUAUCUUUACAAGAUUUGCAAGAUUCCAUUUCUUUUAAAAACAAGAGACUUGAAGUGGAAAAAGGGAAAGCUAUUCCAAUAGAAUUGGAAGGAAAUCUACCCAAUAUCUUGGACGCUAAGAGUCCAAAUAGCCGAGAGCUUGUGUUAAUGAAAUUGUCAUUCAUCAGCCGAGUUCUGCAUCGCAAUCGACAUUUGUUCGCCAACAUCAAGCGCAUUUUUGAAGCUCAAACCCCGAUCAUCAAGUUCGUGCACGUCUCAACAGGCAUCCAAUGUGAUAUUAAUUGCUCCAAUCGAAUGGCUUAUCUCAACACUCAAUUCAUCGAAACAAUUUUGGGUUGGGACCCAAAAUUGCGGCCUCUGCUAAUUUUUCUUAAAGUGUGGAGCAAGGAAUCAAAAUUAAUCGGCCCAAGAUCCCCGAGGAGUCUCACCAGUUACGCUCUCGUCAUUCUUGUUUUAGUCUAUUUGCAAAGAGAAAAGUAUUUGCCCAAAGUGACGGAAUUCAACGAGGCCUGUAAUCAGCAUGAAGUAGUGGAAGAAUGGGAUUUUGGGUUCACUCGCGACCUAUCUCAAAUUAAACCUACCCCUAAAAGUAUUCAGUUCGUUCCUGUGCUCAUGGGAUUCUUUGAAUUUUUAAGCACCUUUGAUUACGAAAGGGAUUUUAUUUGCUCCCGAACAGCAGAAGUUCAUCCUAAAAGCGAAUUGAAACCAAAUCAAGUGGUUCCAGAGCCAGAAAGCGCUAACCAAUUCAUACUAUUUGAUCCGUUUGAACAAACGAGAAACAUUUGCAAAAAUGUGAAAGGACCUGGCUUGGCUCAUUUCAAGAGAGUCUGCGAACAAGCAAAAAAAUAUCUUCAAGCCCGAGAUUGCUUGAAACUGGACGGUUUUUUCACCCUGGAAAAUUGUGACUACUGUACAAAACCAAGCGCAGACUUAAAACAAGCUAGAGCCAUAUCUGUGUCAAUGAGGUUUUCAGACGUGAACAAUCUCACCUCCAUGAUUCAAGAUGGAGAAUGUGACUCAAAGCAAACUGGACAUUACAUGAGUAAACUUAUCCUUAGGAUCCUAAAGGACUGUUUGCUCUUAAAGAGUGAAGGAUUCGAUUCAGAGAGCCGAAAUCCUGGAAAUCGACUUCGAGCCGCUUUAUUUGUGCCACCGGAUGCUCCCACAGACUUUGAAUUGCACAUCCAAAUCUCUAUUGAUCGGAGCGAUCAAGAUGAGGGAGACAUCAAGAAAUCAAAGGUCGAACCCCAACCUCUGACCUCUUGUCGUCUUCGUGGGUUCUUCAAUACUUGGAAAGGUAGAUUGCAACCCAGUCUGAAAAAUGCACGAGCCAAAGGUGUCAAUCUCCUUGAGUUCGAGGUUCAAAAAGUCAACGAUAAAUUCCAAAAUCAAACGCAACCCAAUGAUCCAGUUGUGGAAUUCGAUUUCAUAUCGGAUCUGAUUGAUCAGCAGAUCUGUAUCCGAUGUGUCCCUGUGUCUGAGGUCAACACGGAUCUUCAAGAUCUUUUCGCCUUUUUGAAGGACUACUUGUACGCAGUGUGUGUUGGCAUCUUGUUUUGCGAAAAGGAUGUUGUGAAAUCGUUGGUCGAGUAAAAAAUACAUGAAAUAGAGACGAGAGCGGUGUAUAUCUCAAAUUAAUGGGUCACGAUGCAACGCUAUUAAAAUGAAACCGUUCGUUCAUUGUACAUUAAAUCAGUCAGAGCCGGA